ACGUCACUGGUCUCUAAGCGGGGGCUCGCGGCAGCAGGUGAGAGCGCAGAGCUUUGUAGAGACGCAGAGCGGCGGAGUAGCGGAGAGGAGCCAUGGGAAAGCUUCAAGAAUUUGAUAUUACUUUUACCAACAAUAAGGUGGUUUACGGGCCGGGAGAGUCCAUAAGCGGAACUGUGAAAAUACGGACCGGUAACUCGCUGCAGUUCAAAGCCAUCAAGGUGAACUGUCAGGGAUCAUGUGGGAUCUCCAACAAAAUGAGUGACAGCUCGUGGGCUCUGGAGGAGCAGUACUUCAACAGCACGUUGUCCGUUGCUGACAAAGGAACUCUGCCAGCGGGCGAACACAGUUUCCCCUUCCAGUUUCUCAUUCCAAUAGCUGCACCGACGUCCUUCGAGGGACCCUUUGGGAAGAUCAUUUACCGCGUGAGGGCGGUCAUUGACACGCCCCGCUUCUCAAAGGACUACAAAGCCCAGAGGCCCUUCUACCUACUCAACCUGCUCAACCUCAAUGAGGUGCCUGCAAUUGAACAUCCAAGUUAUGCUGUGACCACUAAGAAGUUCAGCUACCUCCUGGUGAAGACGGGGACCCUGAUGCUGAAAGCUCGCAGUGACCUGAGGGGUUACAUCCCAGGUCAGGUCAUUAAGUUAGCCACUGAGAUCCACAACAAGUCUGGGAAGGACACGGGAUGUGUACUGGCCAGUCUCAUACAGAAAGUGACCUAUAAGACCAAGCGGCCUGUAUUUGACCUGCGCACCAUCGCAGAGGUGGAGGGAGCCGGAGUGAAAGCGGGAAAACACGCGGAGUGGAGAGAGCAGAUCAUCGUCCCUCCUCUUCCUCAGUCAGCGCUGGCCGGCUGCAGCCUCAUAGACAUCGACUAUUUCAUUCAGGUGUCACUAAAAUCUCCAGACGCAGUCAUCACUCUGCCAAUCUACAUCGGGAACAUUGCUGUGAACUUGUCUCCAUCGAGGCCCAUGCCCACCAGUCCAGUCCACUGCGAUGCGACCAUCUCAGGUGUGAUGCCCAGCGCCCCGCCGGCAGAGGAGGAGCCAGAGGAGGGGCUAUGUGCAGGGGGCGUGGCCAGCGAGGAGAUCCCCACCAAGAGUCACUCUCAGCAGGACCCCUCAGGUCAGCCCGUCACCAUGUCCCCCAGCGCCUUCAGCCACGCACCCGGAGCAGCCCUUCCUCCCAGCCACAGACGGCCUGACGCGUCUGCUCCCCUGUUCUGCGUGUCCACUGGAGCCACCAUACCUUUUUUCACAGAGGGAGACGUGACUCCUGUCCCCACCUCCUGUUCUCUCAUCCUCCCUCCAGAGUACAGCAGCUGGGACUACCCUCAUGAGCCUCCACCCACUUAUGAGGAAAGCUGCAGUAGCGCCGACUCCAGUUUCAACAGUAGACAGUAGAGAUGAAGCAGGUGAUGAAGCAUCGUGGCCACGACCAUCCCCACCUGUCUGCACUCGCCUCCUAUCAGGACAGACAUGCUCGGUUAAAGAGGAUGGGACUGUAACUCCACCCCCGAACACCCCAAAGAUCGCUUUUUGUUCUCCAACACGUAAAAAAGGGAUCAUGUCUUAUACUGAAUAUCAGUUUUAUUUUCACCUCAUGUCCCAGGUAUUGUCAGACAGAGCGGGUGAACAUCACUGUGCCUAAAAGAAGUAUUUUGGAUCAUCGUACAGCAUUUAGAAUAUUGAGUGAUUGGAGGUGUUUCUUUGAUGAAGCAGGGUCAAAUUUCUUCAAUUUUUGCAUCUGUGAUGCCUUGAAAAUGAUUUCGGCCUACUGAAGGCUCGUGUUUGACAAGAUCAAGCGUUGGCCUUUCUUCGCAGUCUUUGUUCCAAUGGUGCACUUGUUAUUGCGGUCCACAAUGCUGUCUGUUUGUGUCUCAGUCAUCCUCAUCAUCAGCAGGGCAGAGCUGUCUUCACACUGGAUAUUGAAAGGAGAACCUAUUGCCCGAGGUUGUGGUUUGUCUGUAAAGCUAGUUAAAACCCCUAUGUGUCUUUAAAGUUAUUCAGAUGCUUUAAGUCAGUCCCAAUGAAAAUGCCCCAAUGAAAAUGGUGCAGUCUCUAUGUCUAUGUCUUUUAUUAAUACCACUAGACAAUGACAGUCAGAAAUUGCUGGAAUCCUACAUAGGGGCUUUAAAGAGUAAUUUUUUUGUUUAGUUUAAUAUUGUUUUUAUUGGCAUUAAUCAACCAAUUGGAAUAUUUGGAUUGUGUUUAAAUAUAUUUCUAAAGAUGAUAUAUGCUGAGAAAAUUCAACUCAACACAUAGAAGAGCACUAACAUGCUCUGUUUUAUUUUGUUGUAAAUUAUCAAUUAAACUAGAUUUAAAUGAUAUACCACUACCCCUCGUUUAUAGGUUUUGGUUAGACCCAUAGUUUCGUAUUCAAAGGACAGCGUAUCUGCAGAUGAGGCUCAUUUUUCCUGCAGCUGGAUCUGAAGACUGCAGUCCUGAUGCUUGCAGUCUCUUUCUGCCCUCUUGUGGUCAUCAUUGGUACAAGCUGUAUCUCAACGUGUCCUAAAACUGGAGCUUCACAUAAUCAGUUGUGCAAACUGAAAAGAUUUUUCAGUAAGUCCCAGCUUCACAGUUCACCGUCUGGGGUCUGCUAUAUGUCUUUACAUCUCGUGUAUGUCAGGUUUUCUCCUGUUUGUUGCCUUAACUUUCUUUUAGUGUUACAUUAGCGAGAUGAGAAUCCUCUGUGCAGAUGAGAAACAUACAUGGGCACAACACAGCACUUUUUAAAAUUUGAGUGCAUGGGUUCUGAGUGCACAUCUACUGUGUGUAUGUGUGUGUGUGUAUGUGUGUGUGUGUGUGUGUGUGUGUGUGUGUGUGUGUAUUUGAGAGAGUGAAAUAGAGCUAAUUUGGACAAGAUGUUAAGUUCUGUUUUCAUUCUUUGCGAUUCAACGUUUGUGUUAAAUUAUCUGUUAGACAAAUUUUCUUUUCCUGUGUACAAGGGCUGGGUGAUAAUUCAGCAUUUUAAUUUCCAGUUUAAUCAUGUCAUUUUACUAUUCCACAAAUUUCUGUUGUCCAAAUUAGUUUAUGUAGGCGAACUGUAAUUAUAUAAAAAAAAAGACAGUCACUGAAGUUUUCUUUUGCACAUUGGAAGAGUUUCAUCUCAUGCGUCAUAUUGUGUCAUAUCACGAUGACAGCAAAUAUCCUUAUUUAUAUUAUUUCUAUUAUUUCAACCAUGUCACCCAGCCCUAAUGUGUAAAACUAAUGCCACUGAAAAAUCUUAAGCACAACUGCUGUAUUGAAAGUUUGUGGGACUAUCGAUGUGUUUGUGAAUUCAGAGGAAAACUGUGCUGGUUGGCUCCUGACUGUAGAUCAUGUUUGCCACGUGUUCCUGAAUUUGUAUUUUAUUUUGUAGCUUUUAUUUUUCAGCUCUGAAAUUUCCUCAAGCUGUUGUUACUGUUAGAAACCUGGCAGUCAACCAAACUAUGGCGUUCUGGCUCUGCAUUAGUUGUGCAUGCAUGCCUUAAAUCAUCUGGAUUCCUGCCACCCCCUUCAGGAGCUUGUAAUGAACUUUCGUUUUCUCUGUCAGCGAGGACGUCAGGAUGUGCUCGUGCAGCUCUUCCUGUUUUAUCUCCUGCGGACUGUGCUAAGUGCACUUGAUGUACACAAAUGUAGCUUCUAAAAACAGCGAGGACACUGGACUUGUUGAACUGUUUUUAUUCUUGUUUUAGAAAAAAUAUGUGCAAUUCCUCCCACAUCUGAGAACGCUGCAGCAGCAGCUCCCUGAAGUCAUUUCAUGCUGCCUUUAUCGAUCCUGAUUCAGUUGAAUUCUUCUCCACCAAAAGGUACUAUAGCUUUAUGCAGCCCCACUUGUUCUGUGUUCUUUUUCAUUCAUUUCCCCUCACACAUUGAUGAGUGGUGUCUGGUUUUGUAUUUUUCUACUUGUAAACCGUUUACAGGUGCAGUAUGCAGAUACUAAUAGUAGCACCUCAAUCAGUAAAUGUAAUAUCUCAACUUAAAGUGCAGAAUCAAAGUUGUACUGAACAGUAUAACAAUAAAAUUAUAUGACGUCU